AUGGGGCAGGUGAUCAAAGGAUGGGAUCAAGGACUUCUAAAUAUGUGUGUUGGUGAACGUCGAAUUCUCACCAUUCCGUCUCAUAUGGCAUACGGAGAACGCGGAUCGCCUCCGAAAAUUCCAGCUAACGCUCCACUCAAAUUUGACGUUGAGUUGAUGAAGAUUGAUCGUAAAGGGGAGUUGUAA